AACAAGAGGUUCUCACAGAGGACCUAAACAUAGACAUGAACCAAACAGAAGAAACUCCUUUACCCAACUCUGAAGAAACUUUAAUUAACUCAGAAAAGAUUAGAGAAGAGGAGACAGUAAACCCCACAAUGAUGGAAGAAGACUCGGAAGUUCCCAACAAUGAAAUUCUUAGUGAUGUAGACAAAGAAAACGGCCUCAUCGUCAACGCUUCUAAAACUACAGUUGUAAAAACAGAAGAACCUCAAGCUCUGAACUCCCCUCUGGUACUAAUUGCUAACGAAAUUAACUUGCAGCCUCAUUGUACUAAUGCUGAAGAGGAAUUCACCGUUGUCUCAUACAAAAGGAAAAAAGACAAGAAAACUUCUACGAAACAAAAGAUGGAGCCAAUCAGAAAGGCGCCAUACAGAAAUCCUCGUAAUGGA